ACCCUGGGAUGCCGCCUGCCGCCGCCGCCAGCGCCGCGGCUGCCGGGCUUGUGGGUUUCUCAGAGGAGCGGGAGCCGGGGCCCGAGCAGCGGCCGGAGCGGCGGCCUGAGAGUUAGCGGGCCGGCCUGCGCGUAGAGCAGAAGCAAGCCGACGCCAGGCGGACUGAAGCCGAGCCGGGCGCGCCCCUCAGGCUGAGGGAGCCGGCGCUUUGAGCCCCUGAGGCGACGGCGGCGGGAGCCGGUCAGAGGGGGCGGCCCCUGGCGGCGACGCCCCCGAGCCCAGCCCUGCCCGGCCGCGCUCCAUCCUCAGCUUGAGCCCGGGCCGCCGGCGAACGCGUCCGCGGGGGCUGAGCAGGGCUGCGUGGGGGCGGGAGGUGAGCCCGCGCUCCUCGGUGCUCCGCGUCCGCUCCGGACCCGCACCUGAGCCGAGACCCGCCUCCGCUCCGGACCACGCUGGACCCGCCUCCCGGCCCCGGUCCCACCCUCCGCUUGCAGGUGGGCUGCGGCGCCCGGCCCUCAGGCGGUGGGCUGUGGGGAAGGAGGUGAGCGGCGUCCGCGCCCGCAGCCGUUCGGGUGCUGGUGGCCGUGCCAGUGGUCCCUUUCCCGCAGCCAGGGAGCCCGCCCCGCCGCCGCCGCCUGCUCCCUCUGGGACACCAUGGAGCUCUCUCCGUCGUCCGGAGGAGCCGCGGAGGCGCUGUCGUGGCCGGAGAUGUUCUCGGGGUUGGACUCCGACUCGCCGCUGCCCCCGGAGGAUCUGGAGGCGGUUGUCCCAGUCAGCGGAGCAGUGGCCGGUGGCAUGCUAGAUCGGAUCCUUCUGGAGUCAGUGUGCCAGCAGCAGAGCUGGGUCCGGGUGUUCGAUGUAAAAGGCCCACCAACCCACCGUCUGUCUUGUGGUCAGUCACCCUACACUGAAACAACAUCAUGGGAGAGGAAGUACUGCAUCCUCACAGACAGCCAGUUGGUGUUGCUCAACAAGGAGAAGGAGAUACCAGUGGAAGGACAGGAUCCACAGACAGAUUCCACCAAAGGGCGAUGCCUGAGGAGAACUGUCAGUGUUCCUUCAGAGGGUCAGUUCCCGGAGUACCCACAAGAGGGCACCGCUAAACUAGAGGUGCCAGCAGAAAGGUCCCCCCGCAGACGGAGUAUCUCAGGGACCAGCACUUCAGAGAAACCCAACUCCAUGGACACUGCGAAUACCUCUCCUUUUAAAGUACCAGGAUUCUUCAGCAAGCGCCUGAAAGGUUCCAUCAAGAGGACCAAAAGCCAGUCGAAGCUUGACAGAAACACAAGCUUUCGACUUCCAUCCCUUCGCAAUGCAGAUGACAGGUCUCGAGGUCUGCCUAAACUGAAAGAAUCCCGUUCCCAUGAGUCCCUGCUGAGCCCAUGCAGUGCAGUGGAGUGUCUUGAUCUUGGCAGAGGGGAGCCAGUCUCAGUGAAGCCACUGCACAGUAGCAUCCUCGGACAAGACUUCUGCUUUGAGGUCACCUACUUAAGUGGAAGUAAAUGCUUCAGCUGUAACUCCGCCUCAGAGAGAGAUAAGUGGAUGGAAAACCUUCGAAGGACAGUUCAGCCAAAUAAGGACAAUUGUAGACGAGCUGAAAAUGUUCUCCGUUUAUGGAUCAUUGAAGCCAAGGACCUUGCCCCUAAAAAAAAAUAUUUCUGCGAACUGUGCCUUGAUGAUACCCUCUUUGCUCGUACAACCAGCAAGACCAAAGCAGACAAUAUUUUUUGGGGUGAACAUUUUGAAUUCUAUAGCCUUCCACCUCUUCAUAGCAUCACGGUUCAUAUUUAUAAGGAUGUGGAAAAAAAGAAAAAAAAGGACAAGAAUAAUUAUGUAGGGCUAGUCAACAUCCCCACUGCCAGUGUGACUGGUCGCCAGUUUGUAGAAAAGUGGUACCCAGUGAGUACACCCACACCCAACAAAGGAAAGACAGGAGGACCUUCUAUCCGGAUUAAGUCACGUUUCCAAACUAUCACCAUUCUGCCUAUGGAGCAAUACAAAGAAUUUGCAGAAUUCAUCACCAGCAACUACACCAUGCUGUGUUCUGUUCUUGAGCCAGUAAUUAGUGUGAGGAAUAAAGAAGAGUUGGCUUGUGCCUUAGUACACAUUCUUCAAAGUACUGGUAGAGCCAAGGAUUUUCUAACUGACUUGGUGAUGUCAGAAGUGGAUCGUUGUGGAGAGCAUGAUGUCUUGAUCUUCAGAGAAAACACCAUUGCCACUAAAUCCAUUGAGGAAUACCUCAAGUUGGUGGGACAACAGUACCUUCAUGACGCACUCGGGGAGUUCAUCAAAGCCUUGUAUGAAUCAGAUGAGAACUGUGAAGUGGAUCCCAGCAAGUGUUCAUCUAGUGAACUGAUAGACCAUCAGAGCAACCUGAAAAUGUGCUGUGAGUUGGCUUUCUGCAAGAUCAUCAACUCAUACUGUGUCUUCCCCCGUGAGUUGAAAGAAGUGUUUGCAUCAUGGAAGCAGCAGUGCCUGAAUCGAGGCAAGCAAGACAUCAGUGAGCGGCUUAUCAGCGCCUCACUGUUUCUCCGUUUUCUUUGCCCAGCCAUUAUGUCUCCCAGUCUUUUCAACCUGAUGCAGGAGUAUCCUGAUGAUCGCACAUCUCGGACACUAACUCUUAUUGCCAAGGUCAUUCAGAACCUGGCCAACUUUGCCAAGUUUGGUAACAAAGAGGAAUACAUGGCAUUCAUGAAUGAUUUUUUAGAACAUGAAUGGGGUGGAAUGAAGCGGUUCCUUUUGGAGAUCUCUAAUCCUGAUACCAUCUCAAACACCCCAGGCUUCGAUGGUUACAUUGAUUUGGGCAGAGAGCUGUCAGUUUUGCAUUCCUUACUAUGGGAAGUAGUUUCCCAACUUGAUAAGGGUGAAAAUUCCUUCCUACAGGCAACUGUGGCAAAAUUGGGACCUCUCCCUCGUGUUCUUGCUGAUAUUACCAAGUCUCUGACUAACCCUACGCCAAUACAGCAGCAGCUAAGACGUUUUGCUGAACACAGCUCCAGUCCAAACGUCAGUGGAAGCCUCUCCUCUGGGCUACAGAAAAUAUUUGAAGACCCCACUGACAGUGAUUUACAUAAACUAAAGUCUCCAAGCCAGGAUAACACAGACAGCUAUUUCAGAGGAAAGACAUUAUUGUUGGUUCAGCAAGCCUCCUCUCAGAGCAUGACUUACUCUGAAAAGGAUGAGAAGGAAAACAGCCUUCCUAAUGGUCGGAGCAUCUCCCUCAUGGACCUCCAGGACACUCAUGCUGCUCAGGUAGAGCAUGCAUCUGUCAUGCUUGAUGUGCCUAUGCGUCUUGCAGGAAGCCAGCUUUCUAUAACCCAGGUAGCUAGCAUCAGACAGCUUCGGGACACCCAGAGCACUCCCCAGAGUGCACCUCAAGUGAGAAGACCCCUGCACCCAGCCUUGAACCAACCAGGAAGUCUCCAGCCCUUGUCAUUCCAGAAUCCUGUCUAUCACCUCAACAACCCAGUUCCAGCAAUGCCAAAGGCCUCUGCAGAUUCCAGUUUGGAGAACCUAAGCACUGCCAGUUCUAGAAGCCAAAGCAAUAGUGAAGACUUCAAACUCAGUGGACCCAGCAAUAGCAGCAUGGAAGAUUUCACCAAAAGAAGCUCACACAGUGAAGACUUCUCCAGGCGGCACACUGUACCAGACAGACACAUACCUCUUGCUCUGCCACGACAAAAUAGUACUGGGCAGUCCCAAAUUCGAAAACUGGACCAGUCUGGGUUAGGUGCCCGAGCCAAAGCACCCCCAUCUCUGCCACACAGUGCUUCCUUGCGUAGCACAGGGAGCAUGUCAGUGGCAUCUGCAGCCCUAGUGGCUGAACCUGUGCAGAAUGGGAGCAGAUCCAGGCAGCAGUCCUCUUCUUCCAGAGAGAGCCCUGUUCCCAAAGUGAGAGCAAUCCAGAGACAACAGACACAGCAGGUUCAAUCACCUGUGGACUCUGCCACAAUGUCCCCAGUAGAAAGGACAGCAGCCUGGGUUCUGAACAAUGGACAGUAUGAAGAGGAUGUGGAAGAUACUGAACAAAAUCAAGAUGAAGCCAAGCAUGCUGAAAAGUAUGAACAAGAAAUUAGCAAACUGAAGGAGCGCCUGCGAGUGUCCAGCCGGCGGCUGGAGGAAUAUGAGCGCCGGCUACUGGUGCAGGAGCAGCAGAUGCAGAAGCUGCUGCUGGAGUACAAGGCCCGGCUGGAGGACAGUGAAGAGCGGCUCCGCAGACAGCAGGAGGAGAAGGACAGCCAGAUGAAAAGCAUCAUCAGCAGACUAAUGGCUGUGGAAGAGGAAUUAAAGAAGGAUCAUGCUGAGAUGCAAGCAGUUAUUGAUGCAAAGCAGAAAAUAAUUGAUGCACAGGAAAAGCGGAUCGUGUCCCUGGAUUCAGCCAACACAAGACUGAUGAGUGCACUGACGCAAGUGAAGGAGCGGUACAGCAUGCAGGUCCGAAAUGGCAUCUCUCCCACCAACCCCACCAAGCUUUCCAUCACGGAGAAUGGUGAAUUCAAAAAUAGCAGCUGCUGAUGGCCUUUGUCAUAUAGACUAUGGGAGGAGACAGAAGGAAGUUGCCCAGCUCUCCUAUCCCCAGUCCUUUAACCCUCCAGGUUUACAGAAUGUUGCUUCAUAUGGCAGUGUGGUGAGAAAUUCUUAAAUGAAGAAAGGAACCUUGUCUAUCAGGGCUUAAAGCAAAGACUUCAAGUUCGAUGCUUUUCCCCAGUGUCUCUAUAUGUACAUAGGGAACUUUGUUCUGGGCCAUGUACAGAAAUACCACUGUAAUAUACCAAAAGGAAGUUAAUAAUGUAGAUUACCUUUUUAAUUAUUACUAUUUUAUUAUUAUUUUUCUCUUAUUGAAAGCACUGCAGUUGUUAGUGGAGGAAAAGUAGGAGCCAAGUGUGAGUGAGAAAUGAGCCUGUUGGCUCAGUAGGUAGACUCUCUGUAUUGGAUAGGAGCACAUGGAGUGCAAUAGGACCUUGUCUGAGUGGAUCUUUUCAGGGAUUCAUCUGCCAGUUUAAAAGCCCCACCCUAGUCCUUACCAUAAAGAAAACCUGCAAAUACCAAGAUCCAUACAAAACAGUAAUUUAUGCUACUGAUAAACCAAGAUGCUUCUAUCAUAUUGUAACCUGAUUUGGAGAGCCGCCGUUUCAGAGGACACAGAUAAAAGUGGUUGACUGUACCAAAACUAGACUGGGAAUGAUUUCUCUAGAACUCCUGUCAAUAUUUACUUUCUCUGUCUAUAAUGGACAUUUUCUGUUUUAGAUGUGGUACUUUUUGAUUUUACUCCAACUUUUUUUUUUUAACUGUUCUUUAGAGUUGACAGAACUAUAAAUACCAUGUCUCUAUCUACUGCCUUCAUGUUCACAUGUCCACUGCCCUUUCCUCCCCAUGCUAGGAGCGGUCAGCACCAACAGGACUUACUCUUCCCUGGAGAGUGGCCAUUCAAGUAUACCAUCAUAAGCCAUCUGACUAAACACCCUUUCUCCCACACAGAAAAGGGCUAACUACAACAGAGCAGGAAUCUCUGAAUAUCCCACUAAAAUUUUCUUCCUCCUCGUCAGUUGUAUUUUUCCUUAGGAUAAAGGUUUUACCCAGUAUACUAGCCACUCUGUGGGCAGAGUAAUUCUGUCACCACUUUUAACAUUUGAAUUGUUUCCUCUUUCUACUUAUCCUCUCUGUAAAAUUUGGGAAGCUAUCUAAAACUGAGACAUAUCCCUUAAAAAUGAUGAUUAAUCUUGCUAGAGAAAACCAAGUGUGAGGACAGCACAUUGUAGUUGUUAUUCCACACUCGUGGUAGACUGAGCAAGAAUGACCCAGCUUAUCAUUAAUGGCUUUAACAGGGGACAGAAAAUCCGUGGUUUUCUCCAGAGUGUGACAUGUCAUCUGAAAUUGAAAUCAGGCUCAAUUACCAGAGAUAUGGAACGUUAGCUGCAGGUUAAGCAAAUAUUAUACAUAUAUAAAUAUAUAUACAUAUAUUCACACAUAUGUACAUACAAUGUGCACAUCAAAAAUGUUCAUAUCUUCUGUGCUGUCAGAUAUAUAGAGAUAAAUGUUUAAAAGGGUCUUGAAUCUCUUUAAGCAAGAUCCACAUAGUUUUACAUUGGAAAAAAAAACAGCAUUUCUCAAUUAAGUUAAUGUUUUGUUUUGUUUUUUAAGUUAUAAACUUUAAGAAUUUUUUUUUUAAGUAAAGGAUGCGGGGUGUGGGGGGAGACACAAUGGAGCCAUAUGCAUGAAGUAUGUGUUUCUACAUAACAAAACUUACAAGGAAACAGAACAUGUAUAGUUCCCUCCUAUUUGAAGCCCAGGCAUAGAUACCAAGACCUCCUUCCCCCCAAGUCCUAAGCAUGCAUUUCAAGUUUCACUUGCUCCUCAGUUGACCUUUGGGUCCAACUUUGUGCUUCAGCCACGUCACCAGACCCCCUCAGCCUACAACCUGUGAGAGGGUUUCUUCAUAACUCUUGAAAGCAGGGGCAUCCCACUGUGCUUAGAACUUCAGGCUCCUGCCCACUUGAGCCUUCUCCUGACCCUACUAGUUCUUUUACAUGCUAUCUCUUCCCUCCAAGCUAAGGUCACAGUGUGGUUAAAAUUACUUCCUAAGAGAGGAGGUUAUUGAUUCUGCAGUAAUGCCCUGUGUUGAGUGAGGGGAAAUUGUAAACAUAGAUCUUUUCAUGUUUGUAGCCUAGCAGUAUUUCCUUCAUUCUUCAAAACCGUUCAGCAGUGCCACACCAAAGCUGUUAGUGUUGGUGGUCCGAAGUAUAUAAGUAGAUAAUUUCUUGCUUUGAGGUUGAGAAGGUCUUCAAGCGCAGGUUAUAGAUUACAAAGAGCUGGUCAAAUAAGUGUAUUGAUAAAUGCAGUAUAACUAUUAACAUUGUGGUCCUUCUUAGCCUGUCUGCAUUACAAGAUUGAAUGUCCAGAACAUUUGGACAUAUUAUGAGGUCCUAUAGUGUUACCAUGAAUGAAGAGAAAAAGUAAAAUAAUAACAGUCAUAAGAGAGUUAGGGGUCAAAAGUCCAGCAUUGUUGCCAGGUAUUAAAUCUUAGAUUAUCCUUUGAGCCUACUCAUAUUUUUAGCCUAUCAGGAAUAUUCUGAGCUGGGGUAUAGCUCAGUUAACAGAGUGCCAGCCUAGCAUACCAGACGCCCUAGGUUCAAACACCAGCACAGCAUGGAUUAGGAUGGUGGCACACAGGCCUGCAGUCCCAGCACUCCAGGGAGAGGAGCAGCAUGAGGAGCUCCAGGUCAUCCUCUGCCUUAGAAGUUUCCUGGCCAACCAAAGCUACUUGAGACCCUGUCUCAAAAAUGAUAACAAAAUGUUUUUUGAGUAUUUCUUUAUAGAAUGUUGCAAUCCUAAAAAGUUUAUUUUAGAAUUUUUUGAGUAUAGGAGAAGACAGCUACAGGUGUUUUCUAUGGUAUUUCUUUACCCUAAAUAGGUUUCUUUGUCCUGAACAAAAAUCAUUUUGCUUUGCUAGGAGGAAAUGUGUUAUUUUUUUAAAAGCUGAUCUUAAGAUCCCUGUGUUUGUCAACAUAUCAUCACAGAAUGGGGUGAGUCUAGAACAGGCUUAGGCGAGAUUGGAUUUGGCAUGCAGGUGAAGUGCUUGUGAACUUGGCAUGAAGGUGAAGUGCUUUUAUCCAAGUGAGGUGGACUUGGCCAUUUAUUACCAAGGACAGUUUUAUAGAACCAGGAAAGGGGCUUCUUAUUUCUCCCCUGUGUUACAUGAAGCAAGAUUUCAGAACAGCAAAAAGUCACAUUCCCAUGAGACUAGCAUUAUGUCUGUCCUGUGUGCUGCUUGGUUCUGGGGCAGUCUUUCUUGGAAUGAAAAGUAGCCAUUAUGCUACUGUAGCUUUUCUCACUUUUUCACUUAAUACCCUCUGUUCUCACUGCCUUCUUUCCUCUGCUAUGGAUUUGGACAGUAAAGAAACCAUGAGCAUUUCUAAGACUAAGUGGACAUUGUGUGCACUGGGGCUGAGCAUGAUUUUAUAAGCAGUCUGUACCAGUGGCUUUUAUAUGGAUUGGCAGCUCUCCAGAGCCCUGGCUCCCACUGUGUCCCUAAGUACAGCCAUUUGGGAGCAGGGUUUUAUUUGCAGUUCCAGAGGACAGUGCCAUCAAGUGGGUUUGCAUUAGUGUUUGCUCUGCUUCUAUCCAGAUUCAGUUCUGGUUCCUCAGGGUACAGUUUCUGAGGCCUAUUAAGGGGUUGAUCUGGGGCGAAACAGCGCUGCUCAGGAAUAGCCUAGUCUCUUCAUUCAAUAGACUGACUGAGCCUCAGGCUGGACCAUAGACUAGCCAUGUCACUGGCCAAUUCAGCAACUCUCGAGCCCAUUUCACAGCUUUACUUCAUUCUCACCAACUUCGGGGGCUGUCUUCUGCUACGGACUAAGCCAAUUCAAGGAACAUUCUGAUCUGUAUCCCAUGACUUUUUCAAGUCAGUAACAUGAACUCACCUGCUUGCCUCAGCAGUAAAAGUCACCUUCCUACCCCAUACCUGGGUCACCUUUUUAUAUUAU